CAGCGUGGGGCUGGGGGCCUGGGCUCUACGCCCGCUGCUCUUGGCCUUGAAGGAGAGCGGAGCCCGCAACCUGCCCCGCCUAGCCCAGAGGCAGGAGGGAUGAGCCAAAAGCGGCCCCGCCCCGAGCUGGAGGGGGGGGGGCUCCAGCGGCUACACCAGGCCCCCCCCCCCCGAGCUCGCCAUCCUCUCCCCGGGGGCGGGGGGCCGGAGCCGCACGUGCGCUACAGCCCCCGCCUUAGGCAGAUGGAACCCGCCGCCGCCUCGCGCAGCGCGGGCUCCGGCCGGGGCGGGGGCGGGGCAGCCCCCACCUCGCUGUGCAGCCUGGGCCCGGGCAGAGCCGGGGGGGGCGUCGGCGUUAACCUCCAGGCCCGCAGCCUCCUGGCUGAGCCCCUGGUGGCCGCCCGGAAAUCGCUGCCCGGCAGCACCCUCCCCUUCCCCCGCGGCUCCAGCGUCUUGGCGACGGGCGCGGUGGGCUGUGGAGCCGGCCGCGAGCUCCAGGCAAGGCGCGGCAUGGAGACCCCGCAGCAGGGACCCCGCCAGUGCCCACCCCGUGCCCUUCCCCCAGUUCCAAGUGGAAGCCAAGAUGAAAUUCCACUUAGUCGUCCAAAAAGAAAGAAGCCCAAAGGAAAAAAUGCACUGGAGGGUAUCGUUCAUGCAGCUGUCCGUCGGCCAUCUGAGAGUAGCGAGCCUCUAACUCCUGAGGUUCAGGAUGCUCCACCUCAGAGGAAACGCAAGAAGAAGAGAGUGCCUCCCGAGUCUGAGACCUCUUUCACCCAGCAGAAUGUGCCCAACACAUCCUUUUUUCAUACUGGAAAUGGCAUGGAUCCCCAGCCCUCUGAAGAAACAGUGAUUCGUAAACAUCGGAAAAAAACAAAGAAGACUCAACCAGCAGAAAUGCAAUGCUCCAAUGAACUGGGAGUGGAGGAAGAGGACAUUAUUGAAGAUGAACAAACAAAAAGUCCAGAUCAGCAGCCUGUGUUUGCUGCUCCCACUGGUGCUAGCCAGCCUGUGAGCAAGGUGUUUGUUGAAAAAAAUCGGCGUUUCCAGGCAGCUGACCGCACAGAAUUGGUUAAAACCACAGAAAACAUUGAGGUAUUUAUGGAUGUAAAGGCUUCAUGGACCACCAGGGAUGUGGCACUCUCAGUGCACCGUGGUUUCAGGGUGAUUGGACUCUUUAUUCAUGGCUUCCUUGCUGGCUGUGCUGUGUGGAACGUUAUUGUAAUAUACAUUCUAGCAGGAAACAAGCUAUCCACUCUCUCAAACCUGCUAGAGCAGUACAAGGCCUUAGCAUAUCCUGCUCAGAGUUUCCUUUACUUGUUGUUGGCUAUCAGCACAGUUUCAGCCUUUGACAGGGUUGACUUGGCUAAAGCAUCAGUAGCAGUGCGAGGCUUCCUGACCCUGGAUCCAGCAGCUAUAGCCUCUUUCUUAUACUUUGUAGCUCUCAUCUUGUCUCUGAGCCAGCAGAUGACAAGUGACAGAAUCAACCUCUAUACACCGCCUUCGGAGAACGGGAGCCUCUGGACUGCAGGUGCAGAGGAACAGAUUCUUCAUCCAUGGAUUGUGGUGAAUCUGGUGGUCGCCCUUCUAGUUGGGCUGUCGUGGCUCUUCUUAUCUUACCGACCAGAGCUAGAUCACAGUGAAGAACUGAUGUUUCAUGCUGAAGUAGAAGAACUUCCUCAGCUGGAUAAAGGCCUCACUGUCCAGUCAUAGUGCAGAAAAUGCAUUUUCAUAUACUGUAGCUGAGACUGAGGACUUAGCACUUGUAUGUAUUGUACCUGUAUAUAAUGCUUUUGUACAAAACAAAAUUUGUAUUUUUGUACAUUGUUGUUGCUGAUGGAUCUUUUAUUUUAAUUAUGCUAUUUUAAAAUAUUUCAGAUUUUUGAAAAUAGAACUAUUAAAAAAAAAAGUUAUA